UUCACAAAUUAUUCAUUGUCACAUUCUAAAUUAAACUAGAACACCUUUUUUUUUUCUCUGUCAGCUUCGUCGUUGGGUAGGAGAAACUUUCUGGUAGUAUUUACCAUCUUGGAGAACUGUGGCAGUGGAUUUGACUGUACGAAAAUGGCGAAGGGUUCAGGAAUGCGAAUGAAGGCGGUGAUAUACUCUCUAUCUCCCUUCGAGCAAAAGGUCAUGUCCGGUCUUUGGCGCGAUUUACCCCACAAAGUGGAGAAGAAAAUCACUGAUAACUGGCUCAAUGCCCUCUGCCUUCUUGGCCCUAUUGUCGGCACUGUGCAGUAUGCAAAGAAUUUUAAAGAGAAUGAAAAGCAAGAGCAUCGGUACUAGAGUGCAAGAUGUAAGCUGUAUGGCAUCUUAGAUUGAUUUAAUUUUUUAAUGAUAAAAAUCUAGAGGACAGGAGCUGUGAAAUUCAUGAUCAAUGAACUUUAAUUUGAUACUCAAUAAUUAUCUUUGCACUCGAGUGAAAGAACAAUGUUAAUUUUUUUAUAGUGUUGACAUGGGUUUGGAAGAACCACUUCUAUGUGAUUGCAUUUUGAUUUUGAUUA